ACAGUGUGCUUGGUGUGAUAAACAGUCAUAUUCUGUCCGACUACAGAUACUCAGCAGUUUUACUAUUCCUAAAAAGAACUCGGGGCUGUGGAGACACAGGGCUGAAACAACACUCACCGGCUGGCACCUCCUGUCCACUGGGUUGAUGGAUGGGUCUAAUGUCAGGGUAAAGAUCCAUUGUGGCCCUGAUCUGUAAUGGAUUCAUCCCCAACAAGCGAGCCUUUUGGUGUAGGUCUUGCUGGUGGACCAUCAUAGCUAUGCUUCUCACCAGCAAAACUUAGCUGGUGAAGCUGGUCGACCAUACAUGUCUUGCGGGUUAACCUAGUUAAAACACCUGAUGGGGACACCAACAUCAUCCACAAUACAACUUGCAGUAUGCUGAUGAUCAGCCAUGCUGGUCUUUUCAGCAGGGUUGAUUUCAAAUGUGGCUUUCAUCUCACUAGUUCCAGAAUCAACUUCUGAGUGAAGGGAGAAUUACCCAGACAACAAUCUUGCUUCAGCUGGAUAUCAGUCUUCUCCACACUGAGCUGCAGAAUGAAACCUGCCAUAUUGAUUCUGUUCCUGUUGGGAGCAGUCUGUGCUAAUCCAAUCUUGCAUAAAAUGGCUAUGGAGAUGAUUAAACAUGCAUCCAACUCUUCAGAAAGUUCCUCAAUAUCUGAAUCUUCUGAACAGAGCAAUACCUCGGAACCUUCCAAAGAGAAGUCCAAGGAAAAUACAUCUGACAGCAAUAGCUCAGAAUCACUUGAAUCUGAAUCAGCUGAACUGAUCCCUAAAGAGAACCAAAGGCACUCUGUAGAAAGUCUGACUGGAAUAAGUGAGACUGCAGUGACAUCAGAUAACACUCAAAGCAGUAAAGAAAAAUUUCGUAGGGGCUGGAUAUACACUCUCAAAUGGGUCCAUGCAAACUACACCAGCAAAGUGCCAGCAACCAGUCAACUAGAUGAGGAUGACCAAACGGAUGAUGUACAAUCCACUGACAACACAGACAAGUCUACUAGUGCUGUAUCAAAGAAAAGUGAAAGCAGUGAAUCAAGUGAGAGCCAGGAAACGGUUGCUCUGAGCAGCAAUGGCACCAAGGAAGAGGAUAACAGUGCCAACACAAGUGAAAGCACUGAACACAGUUUCACUGUUGAUGGUGCUGAAUUUAGUUCCAGCAAUAGCAGCAGCAGCAGCAGCAGCAGUAGCAGUGAAAGCAAUGAGACCAGUAACAGUGCAGUGGAUGACAACAGUCACUCAACUGAGUGUCUACCUGGGACUGACAGCAAAGGAUGUGACAGUGAGGAAAACUUUCCCCAGGAUAUCGGUGAUGAUGGUGCCACUGACCCUUUCAAUGGUUUCCUAAUGCCCGAUGAAACUGAGCCCUAGCAGCAGUUUAAAAAACAUACAUUUAUAUGACUCAAUGCUCUGAUAUCUGCAAGUGGAAAUCCCAGGAACAUAUUAGAAUGGGAAUGUGUUUUUAAACAUUAAAGGGCAGGUAUUUAAGUACAUUUUUGGCUAUUCUAAUAUAAACAGGUCAAUAUAGCCUAGAGUACUAUAGUGUGUGUGUAUAUAUAUAUAUAUACACACACACACACUAAAGUAUUUUAGCUUUAAAUUACCUCAGUCUACAUCUUUAUCAACUUUCAGGAAUAUUUACAUGUAUUUACAAUACAAGUUAAGCUCGAUUGACAGCAUUUGUAGCACAGUGUUGAUUACCACAAAAUAAAGAAGCAAAAAUCGAGGUUACAGAGAGGCACUUACAAUGGAAGUGAAUGGGGCCAGUCAAAAGCAUUAAAAUACUCACUGUUUCAAAAGUACAUCCACAAGCUGCAAAUAAUAUGUGUGUUAACUUGAUUUUAGUGUGAUAAUAUCACUUACUAACAUUUUCUAUGUAAAGUUAUAGCCAGUUUUACAACUUAGUUGCCAUGAUGACGUUACAAUGUAAACCCUAAAACAGAUGUAAAAUUUAUGAUUUAAACAACUUUACAGCUCAAAUAAUACACACGUUUUAACAGAAGAAUUAAUUUAAAUGCUUUUAUAAAAUUAUAUGCAUCACAUUUCUGCCUUUUAAAUUCUCCAAUAAUUGGCCCCAAUCACUUCCAUUGCAAGUGCCUCACUGUAAUCUCGAUCUUUGCUUUUUUUUUUUAAAGAAAUUAUUUUAAAGAAUUUCUUUUUUUUUUUUUUUUUGGUAAUCAACAUUAUAUCACAAAUGCUGUUGAUUGAGCUUAACUUGUAUUGAACCCAGCACAUGUCUUUAAAAUAUACUGUACUCUAUAAAACAUUUAUUUUAUUUCAUACUGAACAGAUUUUUUUUUGUAUACUAUGCUUUUUAUCAUGUUGAUUCUUAAGCCUGGUAUUGUGUGCAGUAUUUGUAUUUAUAGAUUUUGUGGUCAGUUAUUUAUAAUGUUGGUGUAAACCAUUUUCAAAUAAAGUAAAUAAAGAAGCAAUGGGCUGCAUGAGUACUGUUUUUCCCAAUGUGUUCACAUAGCAUUCGUAGCGCUAAAACGUACUGUGUGUUCCUAAGAUCACGUUUCUAAAAUGAUGGGAAAGCCCUGCUAUUGCAAGUUUGCAACAGAAGAGUAAUUAGCAGUUUUUUUGCCUAUAAUUUCACAGAUAGAAUUGAUACCUUUGUAGAAGCAUGUCUACACAAAAGCAUGCAUAAAAGGCUGAAAUAGUAGUUAAAUAACAGCAGGCUAUGCAAAAGCACUUUUUAACAGUGAGCU